AUGACUCAGGAUUUUGACAUUCAAUCGGUGGCCAUUGUAGGUGCUGGUGCGGCUGGCCUUACCACACUAUUUGAAUUACUUCAUACCAAGAAAGAUGGUUCUACCACAAUUACUUACGAUUCCAAUGGUGAAAUUGAUCAGUCAAAGAUCAACAAUGCUGAUCCUGCGUUCACCAAAAUUGUUUCCUUCGAACAAAAUUCUCAGGUCGGUGGUAUUUGGAGUCCUAGUUUCGACGACCCCGAAGUAGUUCCACAAGAUUUGUUUGAUACUGAAAAAUAUGAUGAUCCAUGGGUAUUAAAACCUAGAACAAGUGUACCCAGAGAAUUUUCCGAAGCGGGUCAAGAUUAUACAUAUUCGAAACCCUUGGUUACUGGUGAUACCGGUUCUCAUGGUACCAAUUGGGCCAAAAGUGGCAUUUAUCGUCAUCUUUUUUCCAAUGUUCCUGGUAGAUAUUUGAGAACUUCAUUCAUUCCCUAUAGACAACGCCGUCCUUCUGAUAGUCGUUUGCAUCCAUUGGUGACCAAUUACGAAAUCACCGAUGAGUUAUUGUCCUUUACCGAAAGGUUUGAUCUACAAAGAUACAUUAGAUUGAACUCCGAGAUCGUUGAAAUCAGUAAAGUGAAUAACAAGUGGAAAUUAACCGUUAAGGAGACUGUGGGUGAUAAAAUUAGAUGGUAUACUGAAUAUUUUGAUGGUGUAAUCGUUAGUACAGGACAUUAUUCGAUUCCUUAUCUACCUAGAUUACCAGGGCUUUCCCAAUGGAAUGCUAAAUUUAAAUCAAGCGUUUUUCAUUCUAAAUCUUUCAGAGAGCCAUCCAUCUUUAAAGACAAAAACGUUUUGUUCGUGGGUACAGGUUUAAGUGGUCUGGAUAUUUUACAAUACGCAUUUCCAAUUGCAAAGAGUGUGACUGUUUCUAGAUCCGUUAACAAAGAAGAAAUAUACCCUUGGUUGUCAAAAGCAGCCGUCUCUGAUGGAAUAAACGUAAAACCGCAUGUCACAGAAUUCAAGCCAGAUGAUAAUAAGAAAAUUAUCUUUGAAGAUGGAACCUCGAUUGAAAAUGUGGAUUAUGUCAUUUUCUCAACAGGUUACCACUGGCACUAUCCGUUUUUAAAUGAAAAGGAUACUGGUAUAUCUGUUUUGACCGCUGGUCACAAGAAAGUCCCUGAUGGUUCCUCGAUGGUUGAUGGAUUGUUUUUAAACAUUUUCGCUAUUAGGGAUCCAACACUAACAUUUAACGGCGUUACUUUGACGCCAUUGAAAUGGCCAUCAUUCGAAAUUACUGCAUCUGCAAUCGCUGGAGUUUGGACUAAUAGGGCACAGCUACCUUCGCCACAGGAACAGAUUGUUUACAGUAAUAGGAAGAAAAAAGACGUAGGGCAGAAUUUGGUUUACCAUUAUUAUCCACCAGGUUUUUUCAAAGAUUAUGUGGAACAAUUACGUGGGUAUUUGCCAAAUGGCAGAGAUCCAUCUGACAUCUACGAUACUAAUCACUUGGAUGAUUUGAAAGCUUCAUUUACCGUUGCAGAGAAAUUGUUCUAUCAGUACAAGGGAGGCAAAAUUCCAAUUACUGAAACUGUGGAAGCUCUAUAA